AUGACGGAUUUUACAUCUGUUAAAUUAUAUAUUUAUGAUAUCUCACAUGGUCUUGCCGCUGCAUAUGGUUCAGCAUUAUUAGGUAAACAAAUUGAUGGUGUUUGGCAUACAGGUGUUGGAGUCUAUGGUAGAGAAUAUUUAUUUGGUUCAAGUGGAGUUUCAUAUACAUCACCCGAAGAAAUUCAUCGACAAGGAUUAGCACCUAAACCAAAAGUACGUGAUCUUGGUCAUACAAAGAAAAGUCUAUCGGAAAUUCAAGCAUGGAUUACGGAGAAAAGUUCUACUAGUUUUCGUGGUCUUCGCUAUGAAUUACUCGAUUGGAAUUGUAAUAAUUUCAGUGAUGAAUUUACAAAAUUUCUUCUCGAUAGUACAACAUCCCUCAUACCCGAAGAAAUACUUGAUUUACCAAGAUUCGUCAAAACAACUCCAUUAGGACGAAUGCUUUUAUCAUUUAUGAAUAAAGAUCCAAUAUCUGCAGCACAACAACAACAAGGAUUCAAUAAUAAUUUUGCUGAAUCUUCAAUGCAUACCAUGUCAUCAACUGCAAAUAAUAAUACAAAAUUAGAUAAAACUCCAGCUCGUAAAUCUAUUUUACCGGUAAUUGAUAAAUUAAAAUUACGAGUUAGUGUUAUUGAACAAAAAUGUAAUCGAACAUUAAAUGCAAUUGAAAAAGAACAAUUAAAUGAUAUUGAUCAAUUAUUUCGACCUGAUGCAACUUACUCACCUAUGUUAACACGCGAACAUCUAAUGCUUUUAAUUUCUCUUAUGAUCAAUUCAAUUCAAGAUCAAUCUGGUCAACAAAUAAUCUUAGAAAUACUUCAAUUAUUAUCUGAAUAUGAAUAUGUUAUUAAAAUUAUAAGUGAAAUCAAAGGACAAGAAUCUCCUAUUGAAUUAUUAAAAGGACUUAAUGAACAACCAGAACAAAUACAAAUUGAAUUUUUACGUUGGCGGCGACUUCAAAUGGACGAACAAUGUUAA